CUUCAGAGGGAGACAAGCGAAGUGGGAGAGAGGGUGGCUUCAGGACCCACCCUGAUGUAAAGACCCGCGGGGAGGGAAGACCUGAAGGCAAAGCGGGAGGAGGAGCAGCAGCUCCUGAGUGCACAGAAACCCGUUCCCUGUGCAUCCUCGCUCUGCAGCCAGCAGGAUGGAUUUGAUAUUUGGCAAGAAUAAGAAGGAACAGCUGGAGCCCGUGAAGGCCAAAGUGACAGGCAGGAUUCCAGCAUGGCUUCAGGGGACCCUGCUUCGCAACGGGCCUGGCAUGCACACGGUGGGGGAGAGCAGAUACAACCACUGGUUUGACGGCUUGGCCUUACUCCACAGCUUCACCAUCAGAGACGGUGAGGUCCAUUACAGGAGCAAAUACCUGAGAAGUGACACCUACAACGCCAAUAUCGAGGCCAACAGGAUCGUGGUGUCGGAGUUUGGAACAAUGGCCUACCCGGACCCCUGCAAAAACAUCUUUUCCAAAGCAUUCUCCUACUUGUCCCACACCAUCCCUGACUUCACAGACAACUGCCUGAUCAACAUCAUGAAGUGUGGAGACGACUUCUACGCAACCACAGAGACGAACUACAUCAGGAAAAUCGACCCAUGGACACUGGAGACCCUACAGAAGGUUGAUUAUCGUAAAUAUGUGGCUAUAAACCUGGCAACGUCACAUCCUCAUUAUGAUGGGGCUGGAGAUGUUCUCAACAUGGGCACAUCCAUUGUGGACAAGGGGAAGACAAAAUAUGUGAUAUUUAAGAUCCCUGCCACGAUGCCAGAGGCCAAGAGGAAGGGGAAGAGCCCUCUGAGGCACACGGAGGUGUUCUGCUCCAUCCCCUCCCGUUCGCUCCUCUCCCCCAGCUAUUACCACAGCUUUGGAAUCAGCGAGAACUACAUCGUGUUUCUGGAGCAGCCCUUCAGGUUGGACAUUCUCAAGAUGGCAACCGCAUACAUGCGGGGAGUCAGCUGGGCUUCCUGCAUGGCCUUCCACAGGGAGGACAAGACUUACAUUCACAUCAUUGACCAGAGGACCAGAAAGCCUGUGCCCACCAAGUUUUACACAGAUGCCAUGGUGGUGUUUCACCAUGUCAACGCCUACGAGGAAGGUGACUGCAUUCUGUUUGAUGUCAUCGCCUAUGAGGACAACAGCCUCUACCAGCUCUUCUACCUGGCCAACCUCAACAAGGACUUCGAGGAGAACUGCAGGCUCACCUCGGUCCCCACCCUCCGGAGGUUUGCUGUGCCCCUCCAUGUGGACAAGAAUGCCGAAGUAGGCUCAAAUUUAAUCAAGGUGGCAUCUACGACAGCAACAGCCCUGAAGGAGAAAGAUGACCAAGUCUACUGCCAGCCAGAAGCGCUUUACGAAGGCUUAGAGCUCCCUCGGAUCAAUUAUGCUCACAACGGAAAGCAAUACCGCUAUGUCUUUGCUGCUGAGGUUCAGUGGAGCCCAAUCCCAACCAAGAUUCUAAAAUAUGACAUUCUUACCAAGUCGACCUUAAAAUGGAGCGAAAAAUGUUGCUGGCCUGCAGAACCCCUAUUUGUGCCUGCUCCAGGUGCCAAGGACGAGGAUGAUGGAAUUAUCUUAUCUGCCAUUGUUUCUACUGAUCCUCAAAAGCCGCCUUUUCUGCUUAUUCUGGAUGCCAAAAAUUUUACGGAACUGGCUCGCGCCUCAGUUGCCGUGGAGAUGCACCUGGACCUCCACGGGUUAUUCAUCCCUGGCACGGACGGGGGCACCAGGAGCCAGACCCCAGCAGAGACCCAGGCGGACGAGGCUGCAGACUGCCAGGCAGCAUCACAGGCCUGACGGCGCUGGUGGGACAGCUCUGCAGCAGGACCUGGGCCCGGCCUGCCGCCUUUCUGGGGGAACGGGGCCUGCGUCUCACUCUGCACUUGCUCUUUCUGUGGACACUGACAAAAUGGGGAAGGAGCCCGUCAGUGUCUGCACUUGGAUUUUGUCUGGAGAAGCCUUGUUGAGAGUCAAAUGCGCAUUGGUUGCUCUAGCACUGUUAAGGAAGCCCCUUUCCUUUUUUUUUUUUAAAUGAAGACCUUGACCAUGAAUCAGAAAUUGUUUUAAAUCACAUUGCAUUGUCAUCAUUCUUACAAAGAGAAACCACCAACACGGUGGAGAAGAGAGAUAAGUACGUGUCCUUGCCCCCACCCCACCUCCUUCUCUCCUAAUGGACUGAACUGUGGGCAAGGAGUUCUGGCUUUCCCAGCCACACCCCGAGAUGAGUGACGUGGCCCGGAAGGCACGCUGCUA